AUGUCGCUGGAAAUUCCAAGACGGCACAGUACACCCGGCCACUCGUUUGCCAUGGCGGCCCUUGUGCCUUUACUCCUCCACUUCGGACUUGCGAAUGCUCAGUCGUCGAAUCUCCCUGGCGUGCCGAACCCGGUUGCUACGUCGAACAACGCCGGCAACGCGAACAACGCUGGAAUCACCCCUAGCGUUCCGAGUGGAUGUCCCUCUGUCGUCACGUUGACCGUUCUGCCAUCUGACUACAGCGGUAGUCUGAUAUCGCUAGCUUCCAGCUUGUGGCCCUCUCUACCAACUUUCAGCGUUCCGGGUCUGCCUUCCUUGCCGCCGAUUUCGAUACCAGAUCUCAGCAUCACGAUCCCACCUCUUACAGGGAGCUCGCGCCUACCAUUGCCAACCAUCAACCCGUCAGGAACACUCGAUCUUCCUACAUUGUCCCUUCCUGUCUCGGCCCUUCUUCCGACCGUACCAUUGCCAUCCGGAACACCGGUAUCGUAUACUUGCCCAGAGGCAGAUGGCAAGCUGAUCAUCCAAAAUCUCCUGCCAUUCGUCGUAGACUGCGGUGCGACGGCCACUGGAACUGUGUACACAUCAGUACCCGCGGUCGACACCUUCAACGACUGUUUCUCGCAGUGCGAUCGCUCUGGCACCGACCAAGGCGCGAAGUACUGUACUGGCUUCUACUAUGAGGGCGCAACCGACGGAGAUGGCGCCGGCACCUGCUACCUUCAGAACAGCGUGUCUCAAGGCUUCAGCUCUGCUCAGGGGUCAUCGAACCGCGUAGCUGCUGUCAGAUUGCUCAACUACCUGGUCGGAGGCAACAACCCGCUGCCACCAUUACUUGGAGAUUUGCCCAUCAGUCCACAGCUUCCUGGAGCGAUUUCAUCGCUGCUCAGCGAGAUUGGCACGAUUCUUCCAACAAACUUACCUUUGACUACGCAAUUGCCCGAUGCGAUAUCGUCUUUGCUUGGCGGGGCAACAUCGGGGACCCCUAAUGGCAUUUCCUCCCUAUUGAACGAUCUGACCUCUGGUCUCAGCCUUCCGACGAAUCUACCUUUGACUACGGAGGUCCCGAACGCCAUAUCCUCCAUACUUGGAGGCGUCAGUUCUGGCCUUCCAGCUGGCGUCUCUUCCCUGCUGAACGAUCUGACUUCUGGCAUCAGCGUUCCAACCAACCUUCCUAUCACGACAGACCUGCCGAAUGCGGUCUCUUCGAUCUUGUCAGAGAUCAACAACUUGCCAACAGACGUCCCUGCCUCGUCUUUGCUCGGCGACUUGAGCAGCAUUCUCGGAGGGCCUAGCGGAGUCUUGUCGUCUUUGGUUGGAGAUAUCACAGGAGCUUUGCCAACACCAAGUCCAAACUUGCCCAUCAGCAGCUUGAUCAACGACUUGAGCAGUGCCCUCAACCCUCUCCUCGUAAAUCCAACUCAAGGCAUUCCUGGAGCCGUUUCGUCUUUGUUGGGAUCCCAAGGCCUUCCAUCUGUGAUCUCCUCGAUCCUCAAUCCAAGCAACGGCGGCGCCCUCAGCUCACUCCUCAAUCCAAGCAGCGACGGCGGUGCCCUCAGCUCUCUUCUCAAUGACCUGACGGCUAUCCCAUCGAUUACACCACUCGUCACUUUGCCCACGAACAUUCUACCGAGUGGCAGCCUUCCAUCUCUCACGAACUUGCUGCCGACUUCGCUGCCUUCAGGCGCCUUCCCCUCUAUCAGCAUCCCUAGUGGCAGCCUUCCGUCCCUGAGCCUGCCAUCAGGAAUCGUCGUUCCGUCCAUCAGCAUCCCCGGUGGCAGCCUUCCGUCCUUUAGCAAUCUCUUGCCGACCUCGCUGCCUUCAGGGAUCAUCCCUCCCAUCAACGGCCCUAGCCCGGGCACGAACUUGAUCUCGACCACCGAUGCAAAUGGACUCCCGACACUGAUCUCGAUCACGCCCACCGUCGUCGUACCGUCCAUCACUGUAAGCCUACCGACAGAUCUCAGCCUGACCGGAUCCCUGACGAAUUUGGUUCCUACGACAGGUCUGGGCGGCAUCACCACCUUAAUUUCAGUCCCCACGGAUCUCAGCUUGACGGUGCCACCUCUGUCGUUGUCCGUGUCUUCAAUUUCGAUACCGAGUGUAGGGAUACCAAGUGUGCCGAUUCCGAGUGCGUCGAUUCCGAUUGUGUCGAUUCCGAGUGUGUCGCCUCCACCAAUAUCCAUUUCGGUCUCCUCAAUUUCGGUGCCUUCUGGGAUCUUACCAACUAACAUCUUACCUUCUGGAUCCGGCGGCAACCCUCUAUCUUCGCUUCUCCCUUCAACAAACAUCCUACCUUCUCUGACUCUGCCCGGCGGCGGCGGCGGCUCAAGCAGCAACGCUCUCAUCCCCACUGCCACCGCAUUCCCCAUCUUCGGAUGCCCAGGAGACACAGGCUUGGCAUACGUCUCACCUUCAGGUCAAGCCUUUUCGAUCGUAUGCAACACCGAUGUCGUCGGCUACCAGAUUUCGACGGCUCUGCAGCCGGACCUCGAAAGCUGCGUCAACUCCUGCGGCGGCGUGCAAGGCUGCACUACUGUGGCAUAUCAGUCAUCGACCGGGAUCUGUUCGUACAAAUCACAGAACGGACAAAGCAUUGCUGCUACCACGGACUUCAGUGCUGCGAUUGCGAUUGAUUUGUCUUGUCCCAAUGGAAACGGCGUCACCUAUCUCGAUGCAUACGGGUCUAACUACCAGAUCCUGUGCAACUACACCUUCCCCUCGCGCACGGAGAUCUCGCCACCAGUAUCUACGGGCCGCUUGGUCGACGAGCGGUCCUUGGCGCUAGAGAAGCGUGCACCUUCUGAUGCUAGCUUCCUUCCCUGCUCGAUUCGCUGCUCGCUUUUCUCUGGAUGCAUCGCCGUCACCGAAGAGAACGACGUCUGUCUCUACAUCAGCAACCUUGGACCCGCAGGUGAAGGCUCGAACAUCGCCGAUACCGUCGCUUUGGUUGCCAAACGUAUUAUCACGGUCAAUGGAAACGGCGCCCCUGUGACGAGUACGAGCGCAGCUGCUUCGGUGCCUACCGUGGCUACAUCGCGGUCAGCCACUGUAUACAAUCCUCCCGCAUCGACACCAAAUCUUGGAUUGUCAUCCGUCUUGGGCGGCAUCACCACGCUCCCGACCGUCUCUUUGCCAGCCGUACCUUUGCCAACAGUCUCGGGAUCGUUGGGGUUGGGGUUGUCUGCGUCUUUGGCGGUUUCAGGCUCCGUCGGCGUGAGUGGCUCGAUUUCGGUCCCUCCGAUAUCAGUUCCCCCUCUGCUGCCAACAAACUCCGUUACGUGCGGACCUGGGCUCCUUGGUAUUGGAGCGUGCUCAAGCCCAACGCCCACGCCAACAGUCGUCGCAACUUCCGAGUGCACUCCCCAGCCAGGCCUCCUGGGCGUCGGCGCCGUUGACUGCUCGACAUCCACGACAAGCUCCUCAGUCAGUCGCACGCAGAUCACCAUAACCGUGCCUGUCUCGACGUUUAUAACAACCAGCACGGUCACAUCGUGCUCCACCAACUUCCUAAACCAAGUCGUCUGCCCGACUGUCAAUGUUAUUCAGACUUUGGUGGGGACCAGAACUACGGUGACCAGCUCCUUCAUCACGAUCACGUCGAGUACUCUCGCCACGUCGACCAGCUCGUCGUCGACCAGGUCAUCGUCGUCGGCAAGAUCAUCCACGAGCUCAGUGCCGGCGAUUUGCGUGGGACCCCUUUGCAUAAUUUGA